UUUCUCUCUCCCUGGUAAGAACUCAGCCCCCGCCUGUCUCCUGCUGUUGCUGCUGCUUGACUAGCUUGCUGCCUCUUGCCUCUCCUUUCUCUCUCUGCUUAGCACCUUGCCUUCUGAUACCACUCCCAGUAUGGAGACCAAUCAGUCUGUACAGCUGUCGGGGGAGCCACAGUCAACACCUGUGGGGGACAGUUCAGUAUUGCCCAGUCAAAAUGGCCUUGAGAAGCAAGAUGAUCAGGAUUCCUCAACCCCACUCCUAGCACCUGAGGAGGAGGCAGAUGUGCAGCCUGAACGGGGAGCCCAUGAUAUCUCUGAAGAACUGAACCGACAACUGGAAGACAUCAUUAACACGUACGGGUCUGCUGUCAGCACGGCAGGGAAAGAGGGUCCCACCACGGCCAAGGAGCAGCCUGAGAACACAGCACCACCUGACAAUGAGGACAGGGCCUGCGAGGAGGCCGCUGAAGAGACGGAGAGAGAACCUCCGGCCUCUGGAGAGCUGCCCACGUCCAAAGAGCCUGUCAGCAAUAAAGAGCAAAAACUGGAGAAGAAAAUUCUAAAAGGAUUAGGCAAAGAAGCCAAUCUGCUAAUGCAAAAUCUGAACAAGUUGCAAACUCCUGAGGAAAAGCUUGAUUUUUUAUUCAAGAAGUAUGCUGAAUUGCUGGAUGAGCAUCGCUCUGAGCAAAGGAAGUUAAAACUCCUACAGAAGAAACAGGCACAGAUCCAAAAAGAAAAGGACCAGUUACAAGGUGAACACAGCAAAGCUAUCCUUGCACGAAGCAAACUGGAGGGUCUGUGCCGGGAGCUGCAGAGACACAACAAGACACUGAAGGAAGAAACCCUUCAGAGGGCACGUGAGGAAGAAGAGAAAAGGAAGGAGAUCACAAGUCAUUUCCAGAGCACACUCACAGAUAUCCAGGCCCAGAUCGAGCAGCAGAGUGAGCGAAAUAUGAAGCUCUGUCAGGAGAACACUGAGCUUGCAGAGAAACUAAAAAGCAUCAUUGAUCAGUAUGAGCUCAGAGAGGAGCACCUGGACAAAAUAUUUAAACACAGAGAACUGCAGCAGAAGCUGGUGGAUGCAAAACUCGAGCAGGCGCAAGAAAUGAUGAAGGAAGCAGAGGAGCAACACAAACGUGAAAAGGAAUAUUUGCUGAACCAGGCAGCAGAGUGGAAACUUCAGGCCAAAGUGCUGAAGGAACAAGAGACAGUCCUGCAGGCUCAGCUUACUGUCUACUCUGAAAGGUUUGAAGAGUUUCAGAGCACACUGGCAAAAAGCAAUGAGGUGUUUGCCACCUUCAAACAGGAAAUGGAGAAAACCACUAAGAAAAUGAAGAAGCUGGAAAAGGACACAGCCACGUGGAAAGCUCGGUUUGAGAACUGUAACAAAGCUCUGUUGGACAUGAUUGAAGAGAAAGCAUUGAGAGCUAAAGAAUAUGAGUGCUUCGUGAUGAAAAUUGGAAGGCUAGAGAACCUCUGUCGAGCUUUACAAGAGGAGAGAAACGAACUCUAUAAAAAAAUUAGAGAAACAAAAAUGCCUGAAAAGGAUGACCAAGGUCAGCUCACCUCUGACGACGACGAACCGGAGUCAAAUACCUCCGUGGGUGAAGAGGCAGAUGCGGAGGAAGCCAACAGUGUUCACAAUGCUGUGCAAAAUCUGACCGCGGCCUUCAUGGUCAUUCAUCGUCCAGAGUCAACCCUCGAUGCGUCCAAAGAAAUCCAAACAGAAGUCAGCAGUCCUCAAGUGGGCGGCGGCACGGCCCUCAAGGGGCUGGAACAAUCCCCUCUGAGCCCAGCAUGCCAUUCAGGGAGUCCCCUGCAACCCCCAAGUCCUCAGGCUGAGGCGGAGGGAGGCAACGAGGCAGAACCUCCCCUCAGAUCAGGGUCAGGAGCACAGGCCCAAGGCAAUGACCCCCCUGCUGCACCACAGGCUGAUCCGCAGCCCCGGAAGCCAGAGGCAGCAUUUUCCAGCCAGGCGCCGGAGCCUCCGGCAGAAGCGUUUCUACGGGAGAUGGAGGCCAACGGGCAGCCCCGGAACCCAGAGGCAGCAGCUUCCGGCCAGGCCCCGGAGCCUCGGGCAGAAGCGUUUCUACGGGAGGUGGAGGCCAACAGGCAGCCCCGGAAGCCAGAGGCAGCAUUUUCCAGCCACGCCCCGGAGCCUCCGGCAGAAGCAUUUCUACGGGUGAUGGAAGCCAACGGGCAGACCCGGAAGCCAGAGGCAGCAGCUUCCGGCCAGGCCCCGGAGCCUCCGGCAGAGGCUUUUCUAUGGGUGAUGGAGGUAGACGGUCGUGCCCCCCCGCCCGCAGCGGGAGAGCACGUGCCAGCUGGGGAGUCUAGAUGUGAGCCCAGGAGGCAGCCCCCAGCAGCAGCAGCAGCAGCAGCAGCAGAGGGGCUGCCAGGAGGGGCCUCAGCUGGGCCCCCGCUGCCCAAAGUGGCCGACACCAAUCUGGAAGGAGUCGACUAAGCCUCCUCUGCCUUCUGAGGCUGUUCUUCCCGACUUUCCAUCGUCCUAACAGAUUGUCUCCUGAAAGAGGCGUUAAGGGCUGGGGACGUCUAAUGGAAGAGACUUAUUUAGAAUCAAGACAUUUUAAUAUGUUAUGCGGAGUACCUUCAGCCUUUGCUAUUUGUUCUCAACUUAUAACUGAUUUGGAGCUUUUCUAUUUAACACUGAUAGGAUAAUUUUCUCAAAUAGCAACAAAACAUACGAGUAGCAAAUUUAUAUUAAUUUGCCAUUAAGAUGGUACUUAAUUCAAUUUCUUAAUCAACAGUAAGAUUUGGUGUUUAAAGACUGCCAUCACAAUAUAUAAAUACUGAAAAUGUGAUGCUUUAUUUCCAUAGAGUUUAAUAAGUGCCAUAGAAAGUAAUGGAUGACCAGGUUCCAUUUAAACAUUAUAUACAUUGUGUGUGUGUAUAUGUAUGAAUAAUACAUAUAUGUGCUUAUGCACUUAUAUACACGUGUAUAUUUUAUACACAAGUAUGCAAAUAUAUAUUACACAUAUAUUCUAUCAUCUCUUUUUGGCUUUCUGUCAUGCAGAAUAUUUAGAUGCUUAUCAAAAAAAUUAUCUCUUACUUGCACCUGGGACUACAGUAGACUAAUGCUCUGUGAAUUAGAAAUAGGUUCAGAACACAAAUAUUAGGCUACAUAAUGUUGGGUAAAAAUAAGUAACCCAAUGGUAGGUCAGUAAAUUCAACCAAUGGAUUAAAUGACAGAACAGCAUUGGGUUAGAUUGCAAGGCUAUACAGAGCACAUAGACACAAAGAUGGCCAAAAGAGGCCCUAAAAAAUGGGGGAACAAUCACAGCAGUAGACUGCUCACCUCUUGCAGCUGCUUCUCCUACACAACUCGGCCCUUGCCUUGCAACACCCUCAUGUGGUGAAGCAGCCCACUCACGCCUUCCUGCAAGGAAAAGGUUGGAAGUGGGAAAGGGAGGUGGGAAUAGAGGGAUUGAGGGCCCUCAGGCUGAGAGUCUGUGCUCUGGUCCCCGGCUUUUGAGCUAGAGGUCUGGAGAGAGCAUAUUCACCUGGCCCUGCCAGCUCUUCAGUUGCCUCCCUGUUGCCUACCACUCUCUCCAGAGGGUUUCCCCACCACCUCCUGCUGUCACUGCCCUAAUCUAUAUUCUCAAAGCUUCUGCUCCUUCUUUCCAACCCUCUCCUUGGCAGCAGGAAAUUACAUUCAGCCCUCAUCUCAAUUAUGGCUUAGUAAAAGCUAUUAUUUUUCCAAAACAAAUCCACACAGGGUUUAAAUAUGAGUGAUGAGGCUUGCAAGCCAACACAUUUUCUGCUUUGAUGAAUUCUGUACAGCCAGAAGUUCAAAGCAAAGGACAAGUGGGCCCCUACUCAAAAUGACUUGAAAAAUAGGUGAGGAUUUAGGAGAUGCAAAAGCUAGAAACACCUGGGGUUGUCUACAUGAGUAUUACAUUAUUACUGCGUGACAAGAACCUCUAAUAAUACUGACAGCAUGAAUUACUCUAUCUAGAGUAAAGAGAGACUGCAACAAAGAAAUAGGAGGGAAGAGAGGGAGCGAGGGAAAAAACAGAUCUAACCCAACCCUACCUUAAAAGUUGAACUCAAGUAGAAAAAUAGUUUAAAGCAAGAUUCUCUACUACUCAUCCAAGAAAUCAUUUUUCAGUGUUGCAUGUGGCUGUCUGCUAAAGCACACAAAGUGCUUGUAGGCAGCAACCAUAUGCUAUAAGAAUUGUAAACUACAUAAUAUUUGUUUGAAGCAGACAGUGAGGGUAGUAACAAAAUGCUAGUCAGGAAAAAAAAUCAGGAAGAUAGUGGAACCCAUGUAUUUUUAAAGGCUUAAAAUUUUAUAACCACAGGGUAUCCAGCCAAAUUCAACAUUAACUGAAAAUCUUAGCUAUUUAAACAUUCAUUUAAUUCAGAGCCAAAUAUGUACUACAGCAAUCCAGGAGGGUCUCCUUUCCCAUUAUUUACAGAGGCUGAACUUCCAAGCAUGGGGUAAGAUUAGAUAAUCAUAGUAAAGUCUCACUCUGAAUGUUUAGCAAGAGAAACAGGCAGGAGAGGAGCUGAAAUCCAGUAAAUCAAAUAUUCUAAUAAAUAUUCUAAAAAGUCAAUUUUUUUACAAUCCAAAAGCUUUCAUAGCAACACGUUACUCACUAGGGUGUAUAUCUUGGGCAGAUUUUCAGAUACAAUAACUUGCCUGAAAUUUGCAAGGCUUAAUAUAGGCUUUGGAAGAAUUAUUUUAAUAUUCAAAGAAUGUUUUAUUAUAGUCCUUUGGCCUUACUAAUUAUAACAAUAACUCAUAAGGCCCAAAAGAGUAAGGAAUUUCUGUUCUCUAUCAAGGUCAUAUAACUAUUUCUAGAGAUGCCAAGUCUACUUUCCAGAAACACUGAAGUUAUUGGUGUUUUCUAAAUUAAAUAACUAUAAUUUAUGUAUUUACUAAAAAGGCACUUCUCUUCCCAAAUGCUCCAGUAGUGGUUUUAUUUUAAAAUUUUUCACUUAUAUUUAUUUUUACUUAUGUUACUUCUAUGUUUCAACAAUACCUAACAAAGAUUGUGGUUAUAUUCUCCUGGUUGAAUUUUUGGUCUAUGAGUAGAAUGUACAUGGAAUGAACACUUUGAAAAUCUUGGUGUGGGUGUGUGCGCACGCGUGCACUCGGUGAGAGAAAAGAGGGAAGGAGGAAGGGAGAGAGAGAGAAUGUGACGGCCCAGCCCUAAUGAGAGAGCAGAACCCAGGCUCCUUGGCCUGGCCAUCCGCUGCUGCAUACCUAUCACACUUCAGUUCCAGUCUCCCGUGAGACCAUGUUUCCACAAACUUCUCUGGCAUGUGCCCUCACAGAAGUAUUCUGAGGAGUAAGGGAGGGAGCGUAGAAGGUGUCAGCUCAUUUUCUCCUUUUUCUACCUGCUUCAAGACUUUUCUCUAACAAGAUCGGAAGAGGCCCACUGUUCUGUGUUUUGCUUAUUCCCUCUCCCCAACCCAUCUUGAUCCGGGAGGGGCUUCUGGAACGCAGCAUUUCCUAGCAUGCUUGGAGAAGAGGGUUGCUUAGCUAGAAUGAAAAAAAAAAAAGAUUAAACGUUGCUUUUUUCAUAUGGUAUAGAUACACAUUUUUAAAAUAGCUCUUUUUUUUUAAAUAAUGAAAAUAUUAUGUGUACGUUGCAAAACUGAAGCUGCUUUUCAAUAAGACUAAGAGAUAGCGAGGAGAGAGAUCAUUUCAGGAAAAUUUCCUUAGCCCCUGCUCUAACCAGUAGUUAAAUCCAGUAUUUAGAAAAAGUGAAAGUAAUUAAAAUGUAAAGGAUUCACUAAAAGAAGAUAUGAAAUAAAAAUGAUAACUCUGGUCUCUAAAAUUUGUUCCCAUCAUAAACUGGCAAGUAGGAUUUAGGAAGUAAGUAGGCAAGUAGAGUAUAUAGGUUAAAUUUUCAUAAGGCUUAACUAAUUUCCAUUUCUGAACCUGAAAAUUAAAGUUAUCAUUAGAUCAACCAUGAGAGCAUUCCGUGAGAAUAGAAACAUUCAUAAGUGAUAGCAAUAAAGGUUUUCCUCAACACUGUU